AUGAGAAUGAGGUUAAUAAGAGAGAGAAUUUUGCCGCGUGGGUAUAGUAGUAUACAAGGCACUUUUCUCCCCUCUUCUCUUCUCUUUGGAGGUUAAAGCAAAUCUCGAAACCCCAGAAUUUGCUGCCUGCCACCACCACCAACAACCACAAUUCUCCACUAUUUCUUCAUCUUCAGCAGGAGAUUAUUGAGGAUUAGGUUGUAUUGUUUUGAAUGGGGAAAGGUACAAAAUGCAAGUCCGGAUCGCACCGGAUGUUUAAAGAUAGGGCGAAGAGCCGUGUGGAGGACCUGCAGGUGCUCUUUACGGACCUGCAGUGUGCCAGGAAAGAGAGCCGCAGCGCUGAUGUGGCUGUGUAUGAAGAACAGCUUAAUCAGAUGCUUAAAGAAUGGAAGAAUGAGCUUAAUCAGCCUUCACCGGCUUCUUCUUUGCAACAGGGUGGAAGUAUGGAUCCGUUUUCUCCGGAUAUAAGUAGGCUUUUGCAGCUUUGUGAUGAGGAAGAUGAUGCAACUAGUGGAUUAGCCGCCCCAAAACCGGAUCCUGAUGGCCUUAAAGCCGGUGAGAAUGCAGUUUUUCAUGAGGAUUUUGCUGUUACUCAAACGUCUCAGGAACAAGGUUUCCAAUUGGUUGAUCAAUGCAAAGGCUCUCCUUCAGGUGUUAACAACAACAACAAUAUGGGCAUUGCUGCUAAUCAAUUCGAUUAUUUUUCAUUCGAUUUAGCUCAAGAGUUUGAGCACAGUCUUUUUACUGGUGGGUUGGAUGUCACGGGUCGAGAAAACGGUUUAUCUCAGCAACAGAUGACUGCCUUUUUGCCCACUAUCAGCCCACCACCGUCUGCUUUCUUGGGCCCAAAAUGUGCUCUGUGGGAUUGUCCUAGGCCCGCACAGGGGUGGUGUUCUGAUAGGCCCGUGCAAGGGUGGUUUCCUGACUAUUGCAGUGGCUUGCAUGCUGUAACUGCUCAAAAUGAAGGUCAAUUCGGGAUGGCGCCUGUGUUACGGCCUAAAGGUAUUGAGCUGAAGGAUUCUUUGCUGUUUGAUGCUCUUAGUGCCAAAUCUCAGGGGAAGGAUGUCGGUGUUCCAGAAUGCGAAGGGGCUGCUACCGCUAAAUCUCCAUGGAAUGCGCCUGAGCUCUUUGAUCUCUCGGUUUUUGAGGGUGAAACACUACGAGAGUGGUUAUUUUUCGAUAAGCCACGAAGGGCAUUCGAGAGUGGAAACCGAAAACAGAGAUCUCUUCCAGAUUACAAUGGGCGCGGUUGGCACGAAUCAAGAAAGCAAGUAAUUAACGAAUCCGGGUGGCUAAAACGGUCCUAUUACAUGGACCCGCAGCCCAUGAAGUUCCUCGAGUGGCACCUCUACGAGUAUGAAAUCAGCAAAUACGACGCAUGUGCUUUGUAUAGACUUGAACUCAAGCUCGUUGACGGUAAGAAAACGCCAAAAGGAAAGAUCGCAAACGAUUCGGUGGCUGAUCUUCAAAAGCAAAUGGGAAGACUUACCGCUGAGUUUCAAUUGGAAAAUAGCAACAAUAAUAAACGGUCUGUUAAAGGAAGGGGAAGAGCGAAUUUGAAAGGCAACAAUGGAGGUGGAACCGUCUAUCCCGGUUCAAACCCGACUGUGCCAGAUGGUGGUCUUGAUAAUGGGUCAAAUGCAUCGUUUGACUAUCUUGUAGAAGAUCUUGGCGGCUACUACUUGACCUAGGUAGACCAAAUUACUCUAGUCUCAUGUUUUGUUAUUUAAAGUCAAAGUCAAACGUUGACCCGGGGUUGUAAAAUGUGCUUGGUUUUUAGGCGGAGCACAAAUCUAACUGUUGGAGAUGGUUAUGAAAAGUGAAGACAGCUGCCGCCCGUGGUGGUGGUGGUGGCACUUACUUUUUGUUUUCCUGAACCAUCUUUUCGUCUUAUGAUGAUGGUAAACAACAUUAAUAUUGUGUCGGUUGUUGCCAUAUCUAGGUUAUAUGAUUAUACCGAGUUAUAAAUAUCUGAUUUUGAUGCUAAUCGACUAUAAAGCAUGUUCUUCGUGCCCAAAUUAGCAGCAGCUCUUAUGUAACGUGUCGUCAGUUGGUAUAUAUGAAUUGCUGGUUUUUUGAGGUUC